AUGAUAUCAAUGGUCGGUGAUGAUGGUGAAUGGAAAGAAAUGAUAAACAACGAAAAAAAUCGUAUGACAUUCAUUGAUUCACUGCUGAACUUAUCAGUACAAGAGACCUUGGAUGGUUUAGACUUUGACUGGGAAUAUCCUUGUUAUGAAUAUAAAUCUUAUUACACGCAAUUUAUCUCCGAGUUGAAAGCAAAUAUUAAGAAAAAUCCCGAUAUUCGACCUAGUUUUCUAUUGACAACGGCUGUUGGUGCUGGAAAAGGGACAAUUGACGAUUGUUAUGAAAUAACUGCACUUGGUCGAUUACUUGAUUUCAUACAUUUGAUGACAUACGAUUAUCACUCUAUUUAUGACAUAGUAACAGGUUAUAGCUCACCUGUCUAUCCAAAAAGUGUAGAACAAGGGGCUGCACGACAGUAUAAUACACAGUGGAGUGCCAAUUAUCUAGUUCAACAAGGUGUGCCAAAGGAAAAAAUAUUAAUUGGUCUUGAAGGACUUGGACAUACAUUUCAAUUGAAAGACCCGUUGGUUAGUGAUUUCCAAGCUCCAGUAUUAGGCGUUGGAUAUGGAAGUGGUUGGAUAACAUUCAUUGAUUACUGUUUGUUGACUCGGACAGCUGGAUCACAUUGGGAUGAUGAAGCAAAAGUGAAUUUUACAUUUAUCAGAGAUCAAUGGGCAAACUGUGGUGAUGUUCGAGGAGCAAUGGAAAAGGUGUUAUUCGUGAAACAAAAUGGAUAUGGUGGUGCAUUUUCGUGGGCGUUACACUUAGACGAUCCAACAGAUAUCUGUCAACACGGAAUGACAUUUCCUAUUCAUCGAACUGUAGCACAGUAUUUAUUACCAGUUAAUAACUAUGCUCGUUCUAUUAUAAUUGAUGAUGACACUGUUGAUCAAGAGUGGUAUAUGAAUGAGUUAAUCGAUGAAGAUGACGUACGCUUAAAAUCAAAAUUAGCUGAAUAUCGUCAUCGUACAGAACAUUCACAUUAUUUGAAUCUAAUUAAAUUAUCUUUAAAAUCAAAUACUUCUCGUGCAUAUUGUGAAUUUUGUCAACUCAUUGUACCCGUAGCGCGUGUAUUGAUCGAACGAAAUCAAAGUCAACAUAUUGAAAAUGUUGUUAUUGGAUUUUGUAAAGAAUUCAAAUUAAUCGAUGAGCCGGUAUGCAUUGGUGCAGUUCAUGAAUACAAGGAUGCUGUAAUAGAGGUUGUUGGAUCAAGUAAAUUAACCAGCAAACAAUUAUGUGCAUUGGCGUUUGACUGCGAGAAACAAUCACAAGUACCGGUAUUGAAUUGGAAUGUGACUUUUCCAGAUGUACCAAAACCGCCUGCAUCGCCACCACAGCCGCCACCGGUAUGUAAUAUCCAUAUUGAUUUUUCUUAUCAACCGGGAAGUAUGGCUGAUUGUCCUCAACCACUAUGUUGCCGAUAUGGUACACCAGCUCCUGGUCAUAUUGGUGCUGGUUUUUGGGGAGAUUUUAGAAAUUGUGAUUUACCCUUAUGGACUGCUGAAAAAAUAUUGGAAUAUAUUGUAGAAAUCGAAGAGUUUGAUAUUAUUUAUUAUACGGGAGAUUUGCCACCUCAUAACGUAUGGAAUCAAUCUCGUGCAGAUCAAUUAUAUUCAAUUGCUACUAUAACGAGUUUACUAAAGAAAUAUUUUCCAAAUAAAAUGUUUUAUCCAGCAAUUGGAAAUCAUGAAGCAGCUCCAUGUAAUUUAUUUCCAACACCAUUGAUAAAAUCUGAUAAUAUCUCAUGGUUAUACACAUCAUUGGCUGAUCACUGGAUUCAACUUGGAUUAUCAGAAGAGACAAGAUCGAGUAUAUUAUAUGGAGCAUUUUAUACAACACUCGUUCGUAAACGUUUGAGAUUAAUAUCAUUAAAUAUGAAUUAUUGUUCAUCAGAAAAUUAUUGGCUAUUCAUAAAUUCUACCGAUCCAUUAGAUCAAUUACAAUGGUUCGUCAGUUGGCUACAAUAUGCGGAAGACCAUAAUGAAAAAGUUCAUAUAAUAGCUCAUCAUCCACCAAGAUCAUGUUUAGCAUCGUUUAGUUGGAAUUUUUACAAAAUCAUCAAUCGAUAUGAAAAUACCAUAUCCGGUCAGUUUUAUGGUCAUACACACAACGAUGAAAUUAUCAUGUUUUAUGAUGAAAUCGAUAAAAUACGUCCAGUUUCAAUGGCUUAUGUGACACCAUCAUUAACAACAUUUUCGUUUUUAAAUCCUGGUUAUCGUAUAUAUACAGCUGAUGGUGACCAUGUAAACAGUACCUUUUGGAUAUUAGAUCAUCGUACGGUUAUAAUGAAUUUGACAGCAACAAAUUUAUUUAAUAAAACAAUGUUUAUUGAUGAGUAUUCAGUUAAAAAUGCCUAUCAAAUGGAUUAUCUAUUUCCAAAUGAUUGGAAUGAUUUGAUUAAUCGUUUAUUAACUAAUAUUGAUGGUGAUUUAAUGGGUUUAGUAUAUCAGUACUAUACAAAGUCAUUUGCGAAUGGUACAGCUUGCGAUAUAAAUUGUCGUCGAGGACUAUUAUGUGAUUUCCAAACGGCUCGAUCUGAUAUACCAUGUCCCAAUUUAUUCCAUUUGUCUUAA